AUGGACAACUUAAAAUUCAAUGAUAGCGCAGCUAAACGUCAAAAAAUUCUACCUGAAGCUUUAUCUCGGACGACUAAAGGAGACCUAGAUCCUAUCUUUUUCCAGCAUGCGGCGUUUCCAAUGGUUGUGAAACAAUUUGAAGACGACGAUGUCUCAAGAGAAGUAUUUGAGUAUUUGAACAGUGUCAGAAAAGAGGCUGAAGCUGAUCAAUGUAUUCAUUUUGCGGAAGAUAAGACACAGUCAUUUGAGCAGAACGACCUGCGAAACCAUCGAACGAGAGAUGCUUCUAAGGAGGAGAGUGCUCACAGAGAGGGUUUACGUUUAUCAGAAAAUGUCGAAGUUUCGAACGAAUGGAAACUGAAAGUUAUGACAGCACUUUUAGAUUUGAAAGAACAGACAAGAAAUAUGAGAGACAAAAUCCUACUCACAGACUCUUCUGAGAUAAUAAUACCCCUGAAUGCAUCUUCAUGGAGGCGACUAGUGUUUCAAAGCCCCGUACCUCCAAUUGAGUUUUUCAUUAUACAGUUAGAUCACCUAACUAUAAUUAAAUUAGUAAUAUACUUCACAAAAUGGCUAAGUGGUUCUAUUGAUCAAAAUCUUUCACGGUGGAUUUGGCUGUUGUUUAUUCGACUUGAUGCCCCUUUAGAUGUCAAUGAAACAUCAAUUAUUAGGGAUCUAGGCAAGAAGGCACUUAAAUUGUGCAAUCAUAAAAGAUUCCACGAGUUUUCAGAGCUAUCAAGAAUCACAAUUAAAACUACUUUAGUCAUUGUUAGUGAAUACUUUGGACAGCGUGAUCUCUUAGACUAA